GAAAUCGACACCAAGGUUCUGACAGACCAGCUUGACUUUCAACUACAUCGUUCCACCUCCGUUUCUUCACAUCUUACUUUCUAUCCAUUUCUGAGUCGGAGGGUAGGAAGAGGGGAUCGCGUUGUUAAAUAUGCUGAACUUUGAAGACGUCGAGGAGCGAGACGGCGUACGUUUGUCGUGGAAUGUCUGGCCGUCGUCGAAGAUAGAAGCAACGAGAACCGUUGUACCGAUAUCCGCAUUGUACACGCCUCUCAAGCAACGUGAAGACCUACCGCCUGUAUUGUAUGAGCCGGUGACGUGUAAACCACCAUGUCGAGCCGUCCUGAAUCCUUACUGUCAAAUUGAUAUCCGAGGCAAACUAUGGAUAUGUCCAUUCUGUCUGCAAAGGAACGCGUUUCCACCGCAUUACAAGGAUAUAUCGAAUACGAACCUUCCUGCUGAGUUGCUUCCGAAAUACACCACCAUUGAAUAUACGCUCUCGCGACCCGCUCAAGUUCCACCGAUAUUUCUGUUUGUGGUCGACACCUGCCUGGACGAGGAAGACCUCAAAGCUUUGCGUGACGCUCUCGUGGUCAGCUUGUCACUAAUUCCGCCAUACGCUCUCGUUGGUCUCAUUACCUACGGCACAAUGACUCAAGUACACGAACUCGGAUACGCGGAAUGCAGCAAGUCUUACGUUUUCAGAGGAGGGAAGGAGUAUUCGCCAAAGCAGAUUCAGGAUAUGCUAGGUCUAAGUGCACAGAACCGUGCUGCACCACGCCCUGGUCAACCAAUGCCUCAGCAAACCUUCGGCGCUGCGCGUUUCCUCAUGCCAGUACAGCAAUGCGAAUUCCAACUCACUGGAAUCCUGGAGACACUCACUAGGGAUCCAUGGCCUGUCGCUAAUGACAAGAGGGCUCUGAGGUGUACCGGUGUUGCUCUUAGUGUAGCAGUUGGCCUGCUUGAGACGACUUUCCCGAACACUGGUGCCCGUAUCAUGGUAUUCUCUGGUGGCCCGGCCACCGAGGGACCUGGAAUGGUCGUCACUAACGAGCUGAAAGAGCCUAUCCGAUCGCACCAUGACAUUGAUCGGGACAGUGCGAAACACUUCAAGCGUGCUUCGAAGUUCUACGAGGGUCUCGCCAAACGCGUUUCUAACAAUGGCCACGUGGUCGAUCUUUUCGCUGGUUGUCUGGACCAGACUGGUCUACUUGAAAUGAAGUCUCUACCGAACUCCACAAACGGCACCAUCGUCCUUGCCGAUUCGUUCGCCACUUCCAUCUUCAAGCAGUCCUUCUUGCGGGUGUUCAACAAAGAUGAACAGGGUAACCUGGAAAUGGGCUUCAACGGGACCUUUGACGUCCAGACUACGAAAGAACUUAAAGUGUCCGGUAUGAUUGGUCAUGGUAUCUCUGCCGGAAAGAAGAGUGCAUGCGUAGGCGAGACUGAAAUCGGUAUUGGCCAAACUUCGGCAUGGAAGAUCAACUGUGUCGUCCCUCGAACUGCGGCUGCGGUUUAUUUCGAGGUAGUUACGCCCGCUGGGCAGCCGCUCCAACCGGGCUCGCGUGGCCUCAUUCAGUUUGUCACGCAUUAUCAACACUCGUCCGGACAAAUGCGACUACGUGUCACCACAAUCGCGAGGAACUUCGCCGAAGCCGGAAGCCCGAGUAUCGCGGCUAGCUUUGACCAGGAGGCUGCCGCUGUUCUCAUGGCGCGCAUCGCUGUCUUCAAGGCAGAGAUCGAUGAUAGCCCCGAUGUGUUACGAUGGUUGGACAGGAUGUUAAUUCGCCUGUGCCAGAAGUUCGCGGAUUAUAGGAAGGAGGACCCUACGAGCUUCCGUUUGACGGAUAACUUCAGCAUCUAUCCGCAGUUCAUGUUCCACCUUCGAAGAAGCCAAUUCCUGCAGGUGUUUAAUAACAGUCCGGACGAGACCGCGUUCUACAGACAUGUUCUGAGCGAGGAAGAUGUCAACAACUCGCUCAUCAUGAUUCAGCCCACGCUUAUGUCGUACACUUUCGACACCCCUCCUCAGCCUGUCCUCCUUGACAGUGUUUCGAUCAAGCCUGAUGUCAUUUUGCUCCUGGAUACCUUCUUCCAUAUCCUCAUCUUCCAUGGUGAGACCAUCGCGCAGUGGCGUAAAGCUGGUUACCAGGAUCAAGAAGGCUAUGAAAACUUCAACGAAUUGCUGGAGAUGCCCGUCGCUGAUGCUCAGGUACUGACCUCCUGGCUGACCGAUUCCCCAUCCCGCGAUAUAUUGUUUGUGAUCAGGGCGGCAGUCAGGCUCGUUUCCUGUUGUCCAAGUUGAAUCCGUCGACAACCCACAUGUCGACAAGCAUGUAUGGAACGACGCCUGGAGCUGGCAAUGGCCAAGCGAUCUUUACGGACGACGUUAGCUUGCAAGUAUUCAUGGAACAUCUGAAACGUUUGACCGUUGGCGCCCAGACCAACUGAUUAUAUGCAGUGUUCGGUUUUUUCUUGGCUCUUUCUUUAUUCUUUGAUCUUAUUCGUGUUUCUGUUUCAUGUUUGGGAGGAAGUGCGAUGGUCAGUGAGUUGCUCAUGUUCAAGCUUCAAGUAUCGUAUAUUCUGCUACCAAAUUGAACUUCAGAAUGAUAUCAUGUGAAUGCAAGGCUCCUUCGUAAGAUUUGGUUGUUAAUCUCGGCUAUAGCAAAGGCAAGAAUGGUUGGUUUCAAACCACAAGGUUUUCUCUUCAUGAUCAUAUUCCACUGCAAGAUAUCGUUCUAUGCACUUCAUUCUUUUGUAUGCAAUACAUGAGCAGUUUACGACACACAACAAAAGCGAAUACAACAACAUUCGCCACCUUCGACUCUUCGUUAAUAACCGCCUGCUUGAGGG